GAGUGUAAAUCAAAAGUAGCAGAUGUACAGUACAUUUUGCUUUUGCUUGGUACACCUGCUAUUGGAAACUCUGGUUGUAAUGUCUUCCUAGCUAGAGAUAUUGAGUGCAUCCGUCCCAAACAGAACGGGACUUUAACGGCGGGUAAACGAACCAUUUUAGAUCAUUAUUUGAUGCACCGAAAACUGCGUAAAAACGGCCGAAAAUGUCGGAUAUACCGCGAAAAAGUGGUGCACGCGGUGUAAAAAUAGUAAUGCUAACACGUUAAGAGAACCGUUUUGAACGGCCUGGCGGAGAACUAGCACAAUUACUCUCGGUCGUUAAUCGAAGACGUGGAAUGCACGAUUUUCUUAAAAAAGUUGUCUUUUCAUAUUGAAGGGUUAGCGACGGCAUGGUGUAUCGUUUUUGUUUGCCGAUUUAGGUGGUCUUGGCUGCUACACACAACCUUUCCGUCCAACAAAAAAAAAUAAUAAUAGUAAAGAAAAAUACUUUAUUACACGUACGGCUUAUUUAUUUGUUGAAAUUAAUGCUCACAGUCUUCUAUACCUCAUCGUACUUGUUCAACAACAGCAACUACCUAGGGAAGCCUUAAAUCUGUAUCUGUGUAAUUCGCAAUCUUGUGAAUCGAUUUUUCGAAACAUAAGAGCACUAAGUGGUGCAUAUUCUACAAUUGUUAAUUUCACCGUAUAUGAUUUUCUACGUCGAGCACAAAAGUUAACCAUCCUCAAUGACAUAAAAUCAAAAGAAUUGGUAGAAACCGAGAAACAACUGAAAUUUCCUGUUCAUCAUAAACACAAGUAUGAUAAUCAGUUUUUGUCAUUACAAAACUUAAGUGAUGUAGAAAGUUUGGACGUACAACAAACGAUUCGAAAUUCACAUGAACUUGCCGUUAAACUCAUUGAACAGCUGAAUAUAUCAAAAGUCUUGAAAAAACACAAUGUGUUCAAAUUAGAUGAAUUAAGUGAAUUUAUCGGUCAUUAUUUAAGAACAAAAUCAAAGCUUGCUGACAAUUCAAAAUGGAUAAUGAUAAUUCAUCCGAAAUCGAUUCUGAAUUCGAUCUAG